AGUUGGCACUCUUACACCGAGACUCGCUAGUUCGAAUUAUUAUGACAUGUAAACGAGAGUAAUAUCGAAGGUGUUGAUAAAUUGGAAGCUUCGAUAAAUGCAAGUAUUGAUUUCGAUAUUUAAUCAGUAACUACAGAUAUUUUAGUCAACGACUAUACGUACGUAACUAUAAGUUAUCGCGCGAACGACUCUGCUAGGUUACAUGCUAAUGAAAAUGAUGAAAAAUCGUAUUGAUGGUCAUCGUUUGGCGCAAAAUGUUGGAGAAUUAGUAAUUCUACUCGGAACUGUUGGAAAAAAAAGUUCAAAUGGUAAAAAUAUAGAGUUAAAGACUACCGAUGGUGUAGCGGUUAAUGUUACCUUACCAGAACCUAUCGAUAGUAACGUUGAAGGUUAUAUAGAAGUUCACGGUACUUUAAAUUCAAAGUCUACAAUGGCAUGCAGUAGUUACAUAUUAUUUCCAUCCAGUAUGACAGAAGAUUUUGAUUCUGAUCACUAUAACGAAGCGUUAUCUCUACUAAAUGUAUUAGGACCAAGAAAAUGGAAGAUAUCGGAAGACGAUACAGGAUUGUAAAUUGUUACAUCGUUCGCUGUAAACUUUUUUUAUAAGAAUACAAUUAUCAUACAUACUGUACAAUUAUUACAUUUAUUAAUAUUCAUACAUUUUCUUUUUAUAAUAAAAUUAAACGGUACUGCAACAUUUA